AUGGAGUGGUCUGAGUCUGUGGAUACACUACUGGAAAGUAAAGAUGGCUUGGAUGCCUUUAGAACAUUCCUAAAAUCCGAGUUCAGUGAGGAGAACAUUGACUUCUGGAUGGCCUGUGAGGAUUUCAAGAAAACUAAGUCUUCUGCCAAAAUUGUCUCAAAGGCCCAAAAGAUUUAUUCAGAGUUUAUCCAGGCUGAUGCUCCAAGGGAGAUUAAUAUUGACUUCACUACCAGAGACUGCAUCACACAGAAUAUCUCGGAACCAACCCUGAAAUGUUUUGAUGAUGCUCAGAGACAGAUCUAUAGUCUCAUGGCCAAGUUUAUAAGGAAUUGGUAA